AUGCAGCUAAAAGCUGCAACUGCAGAUUCAUUUGGUAUUCGUGUGGCUGAUUACAGCCGGCAGAAUGAUACAGUGUUUACACUCAGUGCAGAGAACAAGCACUGGAAGAGGAAGUAUAUUGAGGAGCUUGCACUCAGGAGGGAGGAGGAGACGCUCAGGAAGAACGAGUUGACGAGUCUUCACGCAGAUAUCGCUGCAGUUGAAGUAAAGGCAAAAAACGACCAAAAAGAAUGGCGCUUGAGGGAGUUCGUCAGAAGCCAAGAGUACAGUCGGGCUGAAGAGGACUUUCGAAACAAGCAAGGGGAAUUAACAACCAAGUUGAACGAUAUGAAGUUUAAGUAUGGUUUAGAUAUAUUCAGUUUAGAAGAGAGGUUUAGCAAGGAGGCUAAAGAGAUUCGGAACGCUUGUGAUAGGAUGGUGGAAGAACGGCAGGAAGAUAGGGCAGAGACCGAAGCGAGGAUGAAGGUGCAGUUAGAUGAUACUCGCUCCAAGUCAGAACGACUGGCAGCCAUGGUCAGUAGGUUGAAAGAAGAGAGAGCAGUUGAUAAGAUGAUAGGAGAGAUGGCGGACUCUACCUACAUUGACAGCAAGUUGAGAGAGAAGGAGACAGAAUAUGACAGGCUGCAGGAGAGAUUUGUGAAGUUAGGGAAAGAGAAAGAGCGAGUCGUAAGGGAGGCGAAGGAAACCGAAAAACGGUUGAUGAAGAAAUUUCAGGCGAAAGAAGCUGAGAUGUUGAAGGAUGCUGAUGAAAGGAAGAAGAGUGUCUUGAAGGAGAGGAGAGAGGCGAUAGCGAGAGAAAGGCGAGUGGUGAGAGAAGCGAAGAGUCGCGUCGAGGAAGCGAGGGCGGAGGAUGAGAAAAUAAUAGCAGAGUUGAAGAGAGUGAGUGAGCAGGUUCAAUCGGACAUGAGGGAGGAGUUCGAGGAACGGAUCAGAAAGUUGAGGGGCGAGUUCGGAAAGCAAGGAAUGCGAUUAUUUAAAGCAUCAAGAGAGCGAGAGGACCAUUUGAGGGCCCAGCUUGACAAGGAGGUAGAGUUGAGGAGAUCAGUUGAAGAGGAUGCCAAGAAGCAGAUUGACGAGCACCAGGAUCUGGUACAAGAGAUGAAUCAUUUGUCUGAGUGUUUUAGCAUGGAGAAGGCAGGGCGAGAAGAGGACAGAGGUGACGCUUUGAGGGAGAAAGCAGGACUAGACAGCCUGAUUGAGCAGCAGAGAGAAGAGUUUCAGAAGUACAGGAAUGCCAUGGAAACGGAGAAACACCAACGAGAAUGUGUAUCAGAUGCAGAAAGGAAAAACAUGGUCAUUAUGUUCGAGGUCAAAAUGACAGAUAUGUCUGCCAGACAGGCUACUCUUGAACACCAGCUAAAGGAGUCCGAUGCCAAGCGGAGGGAAGGAGCGUUGACAAUGUUCGUCGACCAAGAGCGAUAUGAAGAGGCAAAGACAAAGGCUGCUGAAGAACAUGACCAGUUGGUGGAACUGAUCGGCUCGUACAGGACAGCAAUGGGUGAUUUAGAGACGAAACAGGCGGAUAAGCUCCGCGUGGUAGAAGCACGGCGACAGAUAGAUGAGCUGAAAAGAACCUUAGAGAGGAAGAAGCUCUCUGGUAUGGUUGAAGAGUUCAGGGCGAAAUGCAUAGAUCAGGAGAUGAGGCAUGAACAGGAAUGUCGUGAGCUAGAGGCUGCUUGGGAGGAGGAGAGAGACGCCUGGGUUGAGAAAUAUAACAGCAUGAAGGCAGAACUGGAGCUGACGAAGAUGGCCUACGAUAUGGAACUAGAAAGUGAGAAAGAGAAGCGACUUGAGGAGAAGUCAAGUUCGUUUGAGAAGCGUGCGCAGCUUAUAAGGGUGAUCAAAGAGUACAAGGUGUUGUUUAAGGAGUUGAAGAGUAGCCACGAGCAGGAACAGAGUCAACUGAAAGGCACCUGUGAGGAGAGAUUUGUAGAGCAGGAAAAACGGCACGAGGUUGUCCUGGCAGGGUUAGAAAUACAAUGGCAAGACUUUGAGAGGUGCGUGAAGGACGAGGUCGAUCGUUGCGAGGGACUUGAAAGAGAGAUGGCGGAGUUACGGAGGAAGAGAGAAUGGCAGAGGAUUGGUACCGACUGCUGCGUGGCUAUCAUGAAAAGACAUCACAAGGUUGACUUGGAUGAUUGGAGAUGCAGACUGGAGGACUGCGAGCGCGAGACGAGUGUCGCGAGGAACAGAAGCACGGUACUAUUGAAGAGUAUUGAAAUACAAGAAGCUGCAGACGCAGCGCGGACAAACAACCACAAGACAGAAAUUGAGCAGCUGACCCGCCGGGUUGAAACAUCCGAAAGUGAGCAAAGUGUGGCAAACGCCAGGGCAAGCUUCUACUUGGAGAAGCUGAGGCGUACGGAUCAGGCACUAAAGAACACCUACGGUGUCCACCAGGAAAGUCUGAACGAGGCCAAUCAGAAGAGGAUGGAGCUGAUUCGAGAGUUUGAGGAGGAGCGCGCAGAACUGAAGGCCCAGGUUGUGAAGAAAGUUGACGACUUAGCCCAGGAGGAAGAGCGACUUCAACAGAGUGAGACGGACUUGGGGUCGAGGGAAAGAGAUGUGAUGCAGUUGGAGAGGACGUUAGCUGCUCGUGAAGAGAACUUUCAAGAAAGGAAGGUGAUGAUGAUUGAUGGAUUAGCGGACCUUUCCAAGCAAGACAUGGAUUUGAAAAGAAUGCAGGAGAAAUUGAAACAAGAGGAGGUGAAUAUCUUGAGGAUGAAGGAAGACUUUGUGACGGAGAAAGGUAUAAUGGACGCGAGGGUAGCAGAGAUAAAGAAGGAGAAUGACAGACUACAGGACAUGGUGAUUGAUAUGGAGCAGAGUGAAAAGGAAGCAAGACUGAACCUGGAGAGUGCGCGGGAGGUUCCAGACCGGCUGCCAAUUGACCGAAGUUUCGGCGAGCUGACUGACACAAAGGAGCAAUUUGAGGCAUUGCAGAAGCAGCUCACUGAGCAGGAGUGGUACUUCCUCGCGCGGGAAGGGGAGUUCCAGGAGGCUAAGGUCGAGAUCAACCGGUACAGAAAGAGGGAGGAGAAGAUUAAGUUGUUGGAGCUCGAGCUGCAGGAGAAGAAGACUGGGCUGCAGAAGAUGGAGAUGACCGUGAGAGCCAAGGAGGCCAACAUCCACUGCACGAUGUUGGAGGUUGAUGGUAUACGACAGACUCUCAGUAUGGACAGGCGAUAUAAAGCUAGGAGGAAUAGGGGCUGUCAAGCAACGCAGGAGAAUAUAGCGGCCGAUCUGGAGGCGGUAAAUGGCAUGAGCGUGCAGUGCGGAGAUGAGGUGAUGGAACAACAAAAUCAAACGACAAACAUUGAAGAAAUCACCAACGAUAUCAAAGUGCCAAAAGAGGAUGAGAAAUCGCUUCAAGAGAUGGAGAGCAGACGAUCCAAGGUGGUCAUACAUUACAAUCUGGAUGAAGACGCUUGCGUGGAGAAGGAGGAAUCGGAUACAAAACCUGUCGGAAUACAGAAAUGCUACCGCUCGGUGCUGGAUCAGGUCUACCAAGGACCCCAGUUUGCACACCCAAGUGACCGUAUGGCGCAUCCUAACUUCCGUCGCGGGCCACCUCCUCCGAACUUCUACCGCCCGCCGCCACCUGGUUACCAUCCAAUGCGACCACACCCCGCUGGGAGACCACAUCCUCGCAUGGGACCAACUCCACCGUACGGACCCCGACCACACGGUCCAAACUAUGGGCCACUUCAUCCGCGAGGACCGCGGCCAGGAUUUUAUAGACCACCGCAUGGCCCGUACGGACAGCCACCGCAUAACGGCGCUAGGAGAGAGCAUCCAUCAAGGGAGGACCCACGCUAG